AUGUCUAAAGUGUCAUGGAUGUCAAAAGACUACCCAAUUGACCAAUACGAUGGGCCACCGCGCAACGUCGCAUACAUUGAUGAUCUUGAUUUUGAAUGCAAUCUUCGGCCCGUCAAGUAUGAGAUCGCCGGAACAAGCGCCUCGUCGGAAAUCCUCAUUCUAGACGUUGAGAUCCUGGAAGCCACCGGCCGGGAGCCCUACAGAGGAGAUGUCCACAUCGUAGGCGAGAGAUUCGCUCAUGUGGGCGAGGUUCCCAACAAAGACAAACUCCUGGAAGAUUCUAGCGUCCGAGUUUUCUACGGAAAUGGACGCACGUUGAUGCCAGGGUUGGGGGAUUCCCACACCCACUUCACCUGGAAUGGCGGCAAUCUAGAUCAGCUGGGGGACCUCGGUGUUGAGGAGCAUACUCUUCUUACCGCCAGAAGCGCCGAAUGUUUUCUGGAUUCCGGGUACACUAUGUGCUUUGGAGCUGCAUCUGCUAAGAAACGCCUGGAUAUCGUGAUUCGAGACGCAAUCAACGCUGGAGAUAUCCCUGGUCCUCGAUUCUUGGCUAAUGGUCAGGAAAUGGCACGAAGAGGAGGCGAGCUAGUCGGAGGGAUCACUGCGUACGCUGAUGGACCCGAGGAAAUGCGUGAAGUGUACGGCACAUGA